GAUGUACAAUUAGUAUUUUAAAACAAUUUUGCUUACUCACUUAAUUUGCAUUACUUGUGUACAUAGUCUGUUCUUUGGUCGAUUAUACAAACGUAGCUUCGCGUAUAGGUAAAAUAUAAUAAUUUUCAGCACCGACUGAUAAACUCAAUUCUGCAAUACUAAUUUAGAAUACCUAGCAUUAUGUGUCGUGUAGUUAAAAUCGUGAUGUAAAUAUUAUUUAUUAGAGAUCGUUUUAAAAAUGAUAACUUCUAGCAAAGUUCAAUAUUAAUUUAUUCUUUACAGAUAUUUUGUUAUUGUUUUUUAUACAUUACACUAAUAUUAUAAUAUCUACAUAUUUGUCAAAUAUUGUUUAAGGUUUAGUGAAGUUUAUUUAAUUUAUCUAAUAAACUAUACAGUAUUUCUUUAAUAUUAAUUCGUCAUUGACCAUGAAGGUGACAUAUUUCUGGUUAUUAUAUUCAUGUUUAAAUCUUGGAGAAGUCGUUUUUUGUAACAGAGUACUUGAAAAACGAAAAAAAUUAUCACCAUGCACAAUCGAAUACCAGUAUAAAUGUAUAUCUGGCCAAUGCGUUAAUGAAACAAAUAUUUGUAAUGGAUAUCCCGAUUGUGUCGAUGGGUCUGAUGAAACUUUAGAAUUAUGUGAAACAGUUCAGUGUGAUAAUAAUAAAUUUCGGUGUAAGUAUGGGGCUUGUGUCAAUAAGGACAAGAAAUGUGAUGGCAUAAAACAGUGUGUUGAUGGAUCUGAUGAAGAGAAAUGUAUUGUGCCUGAAUCAAUCUCGGAGCCAACAACACUAAAAUCUAUUAAUAAUACAAUACAACGUACGACACAGUCUAAUAAAAAGAAUAUUUGCAUUCUACCGAACCUUGAAGGAGUUAUAUAUUCUUACGAAGGUUCAGAUGACAUUUUAUCUCACGGAACAUUGAUUAAACACAAUCGCACUGUUAUCGAGAACUGUCAAGUUGGAUAUCAUAAGGCUUACCCCAUUAGUUCUAGGGUUUGUCAAAAUAAUGGAACAUGGUCAUCGAAAUCUGAGAAAUUGUGUUUCAAGUGCGGUAGAUCAUAUAUCGGACACCAAUUAUUGAUCGAUAAUGGAAAGACAGCACAUUUUGGAACAGCGCCUUGGAAUGUAGGAAUAUAUCGAUUUAAUAAAGAGAAUUCCAAGUAUGACUUGAUAUGCGGAGGAUCGCUAAUUGCUCCAAAUUCAGUCAUUUCUGCGGCUCAUUGUUUUUGGCGAAAUGGUAUGCUAUCUAAUAGAAUAUCAAUAAGCGAUGGCCUUUAUAGAAUUGCUGUUGGAAAAUAUUAUAGAAAUUACACAAUUAUUGACAAUGAUUUUACUCAAAUAAUGGAUGUAGAAACAAUUUAUCUGAAAGAAGACUAUUUGGGAUAUGAUCGUUUCUAUUCUGAGGAUAUAGCUUUUAUCGUAUUGUCAAACAGAGUUAAUAUAAGUAGUGCUGUUGCACCUGUUUGUGUUGAUUGGAACGUUAGAUAUAAUGUAAAAAAUGGAAUUCAAGGAAAGAUUGUUGGUUGGGGAAAAACAGAAAAAAACAUAAUUAGCCCUGUCUUAUUAGAAGCAACUUUACCGUACAUUGAUUAUAAUUCUUGUCGAAGCAUGUAUACAAAUGACUUUAAAAAGUUUGUGACUUUUGAUAAAUUUUGUGCCGGAUUAACAUCGGGACAAGGAGUUCGUGAAGGUGACAGUGGUGCAGGCUUGAUGUUUUUGCAUUCUGAUUUUUAUUAUUUAACCGGAAUAGUGAGUCUCAAGGAUCCAAAUACACAUAAUUCAAUUGCAGUUUUUACUAAUGUUAGCACCCACAUUAAUUGGCUUCGUGAAAUGUAUAAUAAACAUAGUUCUUAUGAAAGGGACAAUAUGCUGGUUACGACAAAUUCUUGUGUUUUACCAAUUGCCGAAGGCAUUAUAUAUUUUUAUGAAGGUUCGGAUGAAAUUUUAUCUCACGGGACAUCAAUUAAUUCACAUCAUAUUGUAAUUGAGGACUGUGAAACUGGAUAUCAUAAGGCAUUCCCGAGUAGUUUUAGGGUUUGCCAGGGAAACGGAAAAUGGAAAUCGAAUCCUCAAAAAUUGUGUUUUAAAAUGUGUCCACCUUUAUUAUCGGAUAGCUUAGAUAUUAAAUGUACUCUAAAUGGUGAUUAUGCAAAUUGUUCAAAUCCAUCAAUAUUUGGUACAAAAGCUAUACCAUUAUGUAAGCCAACCCAUAAAAUACCAAAUGGACAAGAAGAGACUCCAAUUGAAUUACUUUGUCAGUCUAAUGGAGCAUGGAAUAAUCAACUACAUACUUGCAUUCCAUAUUGUGGUAAAGUAUAUUCAAAUAAAGCUACAUUGAUCGAUAGUGGUAUCAAAGCUGAUGUUGGAUCAGCUCCUUGGAAUGCUGGAAUUUAUCAAUUAAAUAAAGAGAGUUUCACGUAUGACAUGAUAUGCGGAGGAUCAUUAAUUAGUUCAAAUAUAAUUGUUUCUGCGGCUCAUUGUUUUUGGCAAAAAGAUAUGCUGUCUAAACGAUUAUCAAUUAACGAUGGUCUAUAUAAAAUUGCUGUUGGAAAAUAUGAUAGAGAUUACUCAGUAAUUGACAAUGAAUUUACCCAAAUAAUUGAUGUGAAAACAAUUUAUAUAAAAGAAAAUUAUUAUGGAACUAAGGGGUUUCAUGCUGAAGAUAUAGCUGUUAUCAUGUUAAAAAACAAAGUUUCUAUUAGUGUAGGUGUUGCACCAGUUUGCGUUGAUUGGAAUAGUAGAUAUAAUGUAUCAAAUGGAGCUCAAGGAAAGAUUUUUGGUUGGGGUAAAACAGAAAAAGACGUGUCAAGUCCCAUUUUAUUAGAAGCCAGUUUACCGUACAUCGACCAUAAUUCUUGUCGAAGCAUGUAUAAAAAUGGAUUUGAAUCGUUUGUGACUAUUGAUAAGUUUUGUGCCGGGUCUGCAUUAGAUCAAGGGGCUCGUAAAGGUGACAGUGGUGCAGGCUUAACGUUUUUACAUUCUAAUUCUUAUUAUUUAACUGGAGUAAUGAGUGUCAACGAUCCAUAUGCAAACAAUUCAAUAUCGGUUUUUACAGAUAUUAAGUUUCACAUUCAAUGGCUUCGUAUGCUGUAUACAAAUAAUUUUCGCUUCAAUAUUAAUUCAUCGUUAGCCAUGAAGGUUACGUAUUCCUGGUUCAUAUAUUCAUGUUUAAUUUUUGGAACAGAUGUUUUUUGUGAUAGAAUACUUGAAAAACGACAAACUGUUUCAUCAUGCAAAAUUAGAAACCAAUACAAAUGUAUAUCUGGCCAAUGUAUUGAUAAAACAUCAAUUUGUGAUGGAACUCGAGAUUGUAAUGAUGGGUCUGAUGAAACUUUGGCAUUAUGUAAUACAGUUCGGUGUCAAAAAUAUACAUUCCGGUGUAAAUAUGGGGCUUGUGUAAAUACAGAAAGUAAAUGUGAUGGUGUAAGACAGUGUGCUGAUGGAUCUGAUGAAGAAAAUUGUCCUGGUCCUAUUUCUAUAUCUGCAGAUCCAUUAACACUAAAACUUAGUAAUACAACACAAAUAACGACGGAGUCAAAUAAAAAGAAAUCAUGCAUUUUACCAAGCCUUGAAGGAGUUAUAUAUUCUUACGAAGGUUCAGAUGACAUUUUAUCUCACGGGACAUUGAUUAAACACAAUCGCACUGUUAUCGAGAACUGUCAAGUUGGAUAUCAUAAGGCUCACCACAAUAGUUUUAGGGUUUGUCAGGGAAAUGGAAAAUGGAUAUCUAAAUCUGAUAAAUUAUGUUUCAAAUGCGGUAGAUCGUAUAUCGGACACCAAUUAUUGAUCGAUAAUGGUAAAACAGCACAAGUUGGAACAGCACCUUGGAAUGUAGGAGUAUAUCGAUUUAAUAAAGUGAAUUCUAAGUAUGACUUGAUAUGCGGAGGAUCACUUAUUGCUGAAAAUAUAGUCGUUUCUGCAUCACAUUGUUUUUGGCAAAAUGGUAUGUUAUCUAAUAGAAUAUCAAUAAACAAUGGUCUAUAUAGAAUUGCUGUUGGGAAAUAUUAUAGAAAUUACACAGUUAUUGACAAUGAUUUUACUCAAAUAAUGGAUGUGGAAACAAUUUAUCUGAAAGAAGACUAUUUGGGAUAUAAUCGGUUCUAUUCUGAUGAUAUAUCUGUUAUCGUGUUAUCAAACAGAGUUAAUAUUAGUGAUGCUGUUGCACCAGUUUGUGUUGAUUGGAAUGGUAGAUAUAAUGUAACAAAUGGAGCUCAAGGAAAGAUUGUUGGUUGGGGAAAUACAGAAAAAGACAUACCAAGUCCAGUUUUAUUAGAAGCAACUUUACCGUACAUUGAUUAUAAUUCUUGUCGAAGCAUGUAUACCAAUGACUUUCAAAAGUUUGUGACUUUUGAUAAAUUUUGUGCUGGAUCUAUAUCAGGACAAGGAGUUCGUCAAGGUGACAGUGGUGCAGGCUUGACGUUUUUACAUUCUGAUUUUUAUUAUUUAACCGGAAUAGUGAGUCUCAAGGAUCCAAAUUCAAAUAAUUCAAUUGCAGUUUUUACAAAUGUUAGGUCCCAUAUUAAAUGGCUUCGUGAAACGUAUAAAAAAUAUACAUCUUAUGACAGUGAUAAUAUGCUGGUUACGAAAAAUGCAUGUGUUUUACCAAGUGCGGAAGGGAUUAUAUAUGCUUAUGAAGGAUCAGAUAAAAUAUUAUCUCAUGGCACAUUAAUUAAUCCUCUUCGUAUUGUAACUGAGAACUGUGAAGUUGGAUAUCAUAAGGCUUAUCCAAAUGGUUUUAGGGUUUGUCAGGAAAAUGGAGAAUGGAAAUUGAAUUCUGAGAAUUUGUGUUUCAAAACGUGUCCACCUCUAUUAUCAGAUAGUUUAGAUAUUAAAUGUACUCUAAAUGGUAACUAUGCUAAUUGUUCAAAUCCGUCUAUACCCGAUACAAUUGCAAACCAAUCAUGUAAGUCAACUCAUAGAAUACUAAAUGGACAAGAAGGAAUUCCAAUUGAAUUACGUUGUCAGUCUAAUGGAACAUGGAAUAAUCAACUAUAUGAAUGCACCCCAUAUUGUGGUAGACCAUAUAUCAGACACCAAUUAUUGAUCAAUAAUGGUAGUACAGCACAAGUUGGAACAGCACCUUGGAAUGUAGGAAUAUAUCAAUUUAAUAAAGAGAAUUCCAAGUAUGACUUCAUAUGUAGUGGAUCAUUAAUUAGUCCAAAUUUAGUCGUUUCUGCGGCUCAUUGUUUUUGGAAUAGCAGUACGCAAUCUCAUCAAAUAUCAAUAAUCGAUGUUUCAUACAAAGUCGCCGUUGGAAAAUAUACUAGAAAUUUUACGGUUAUUGACAAUGAUUUUACUCAAAUAAUGGGUGUAGAAACAAUUUAUCUGAAUAACGAUUAUUAUGGAGCCCUUGGGUAUCAUGCUAAAGAUAUAGCCGUUAUAGUGUUAAAAGACAACGUUUCUCUUAGUAUUGGUGUUGGACCAGUUUGUGUUGAUUGGAGUAAUAAAUAUUAUAAUGUACCAUAUGGAGCUCAAGGAAAGAUUGUUGGUUGGGGACAUACGGAAAUCAACAUACCAAGUCCCGUUUUAUUAGAAACAACUUUAUCGUACAUUGAUCAAAAUUCUUGUCGAAUUAUCUAUACAAAUGGAUUUCGAAUUUUUGUGACUGACGAUAAAUUCUGUGCCGGGUCUUUAGGAGGACAAACUGUUCUUCAAGGUGACAGUGGUGCAGGCUUGACGUUUUCACAUUCUGAUUUUUAUUAUUUAACCGGAAUUGUGAGUGUCAAGGAUCCAUAUUCAAAUAAUUCAAUCGCACUUUUUACAGAUGUUAAGUAUCACAUUAAAUGGCUUCAUGAAAUGUAUAACAAAUAUACUUCUUAAACAAGUGAUGACAUAUGUUAGCCCAAUAGUAUGAUACUUAAAUAAAAUAAUAAAAAAAAAUGUAUUAUAUGUGUAGUUGGUAUAAUUAUUUAUAUUAAUAGAUUUUUACUCUUGUAUAAAAACUUUCAACAGUUAAUUUUCAAGAAUUUUUCGUUUAAAUUAAAUCUAAUAAUACAUUAUCAAAGGGGUGAUACAUAAGCAUUAUAUACUUAAUUUACACUAGUUUUGAUAAUAUCUACAAUCUACAUAGUUGAUUAUUUACCAUAAACGAUUUUCUAGUGUUAAGUGACAUACUAAAGUUUAAUAUAGGAAUUUAAAUAAAAACAAGUAAGUAACC